AACAAACUGGAUGGACUUUUUAUUAUAAAAUAAAAUAAAAUAAUUUCUGAGGAUAUUUCUAUUUAACAAAAGUUUAUAAAAAUAUUAUUUGAGAGACUAUAUAUAAACUUUUUAACUCUAUAUAUAUAUAUAUAUAAAAAUACAUAUACUAGGGCUCAAGUUGGAGGAUCAAAAAAAUUUAUCAGCGGAUGUAUAUUGAUAAUAAUACUCGAGUUCAGAUGGAAAAUGCAUAUGGAGUUGAUUGGCGGGAAGAGGUAUACCAAAAGAUCAAGUAUAUGAAGGAGAUGUAUUUAUCAGACCUCAAAGAUUUAUACGAGAAAAUUGCUUAUAAAAUGCAGCAGCGUCUUGAAAAUGAGAAAAUUGAAAAGCUCGAGAUGUACAAGAUAAUGCUGGAACGCAUUAUGCUUUUUUUGCGGCUUAACAAGCAGGAAAUUCAACUUAUUCACAAGGAUAAACUGGUCUCGAUUGAGAAGAAUAUAAUUAAGUUUCUCAGUUACAAUUUGGCACGCAGCAAGACUUCUUCUCCACAGCAGGGGCAACUUCAUCAGUCUUCCAUGCAGCUUCAAACUAAUCCACCGAUGCAGCCCGUACAGGGUUCCGUGGAAGCAAUGCAACAGAGUUAUCUCAGCGACUUGCACCGUUAUUCCUUGUCUGGCGUAUCGACAAUAUCCAAUUCUCAACAGCACAUGAUAGAUGUGGUAAAACCUGGUUCCAGAUCGGAUUUGGGACAGGGUAACUCGUUGAACUCACCGCAGCAGGUGGAUACUGGCUCCUUACAACAGAAUCCUGUUAACAGUCUUCAACAUGAUAACAUAAGCUCAUUCAGUGCACAAGGUGGAAUGAACCCUGUACCGGCAAACCUCAAAUUCCUACAGAAAAACUCAAACGCGCUGCCUGAGCAGCAAAUGUUGCAGAACCAACAAUUAACACCGCUGUGCAACCAGCUACUGAUGGAGCAACAACUUUUUCAAAGUCAGCAGUUAAUGAAACAUCAGCAAGCAAUGAACUCGCCGCCGCAGAAUGAUUUCACCAACUUGCACCAUGAUUCCUUGUCUGGCGUAUCGACAAAUUCCAACUCUCAGCAAGACAUGAUAAAUACAAUACAGCCUGGUUCCAAUUUGGAUUUUGGACAGGGUAAUUCUUUGAACUCACUGCAAUAGGUGUCUACUGGUUCUUCG